AUGCAAUCAACUAACGGUUCUGAAUCGAAACCGACCGAACAGAAUACUCAAACUCAACAACGGCCACCCAAAACGCCGCCGCAUUCACUUACAGUUCCUCCGCCACAUCAACAGUUGGUUCCGAUGCAAUACCCGGCGGCAAUGGUAAUGCCGCACCAUAUGUUACCGCCGCAACAUUAUGCACUGCCACCGCAUCAUUAUGUGCCUUAUCAUCACUAUCAGCAUCACGUGCCGCACGUGCAUCAAGGAUCUAGUGUUGUUGAGAAUAAGACCAUCUGGGUUGGUGAUUUGCAGCAUUGGAUGGAUGAGAAUUAUCUUCACCGUUGUUUCGCUUCUAACGGCGAGAUUUUCUCAAUUAAGGUUAUUCGCAAUAAGCAGACGGGUCAACCAGAGGGUUAUGGAUUUGUGGAAUUCCAUUCACAUGUGAUCGCAGAGAAUAUUUUAGUGAAUUAUGCUGGGAUGUUGAUGCCUAACACAGACCAACCUUUUCGCCUUAACUGGGCAACAUUUAGCACAGGAGAUCACAAACGAUCAGAUAAUGUCCCUGAUCUUUCUCUUUUUGUAGGAGAUUUAGCUGCAGAUGUUACAGAUAGCACGUUGCUUGAAGUUUUUUCUAAUAAAUACCCUUCUGUUAAAGCUGCAAAAGUUGUUUUUGAUGCCAAUACCGGCCGCUCAAAGGGUUAUGGUUUCGUCAGGUUUGGAGAUGAUAAUGAGAGGACUAAGGCUUUGAGUGAAAUGAAUGGUGUUUAUUGUUCUAGCAGGCCUAUGCGAAUUGGUGCUGCAACUCCUAGGAAAUCUGGCUAUCAACAAGGAAGGCACUCAAAUAACACAUCCAACCAAUCUGAAGCCGAUUCUACAAAUACAACUAUAUUUGUUGGAGGACUUGACCCUAGUGCUACUGCUGAAGAUCUUAGACAACCAUUCUCCCAGUAUGGUGAGAUAGUCUCUGUUAAGAUACCUGUUGGAAAAGGAUGUGGUUUUGUACAAUUUGCUAACAGAAAUAAUGCAGAAGAGGCAUUGCAGAAGCUAAAUGGUACAACAGUUGGCAAGCAAACUGUUCGCCUUUCUUGGGGCCGCAAUCCGGCAAAUAAGCAGCUUAGAAUGGACUUUGGUAGUCCCUGGAAUAGUCCUUAUUACGGGGGAGGACCUGUUUACGAUGGUUACGGGUAUGCUUUGCCUCACCCUCAUGACCCGAGCAUGUAUGCUGCUGCUUACGGAGCUUACCCCAUUUAUGGAGGAGGACAUCAACAGCAAGUAAGCUAA